AUGGUCGACGGUGCCGAGCUGCGAGGCAAGGUGGGCGACGCUGAGCUACUGCGCCUCAUCUUCAACAUCCCCGACUACUUCGCGAGGAGGACCGACGAAUUGGGCGUGCGGCUGCCGUACUACGAGCAGGGCGAGGCCUACUGGAAUGUGGUGCGACGCAUGGUCGCUGACUACUUUGACAUCUGGUACCCCGCCCUCGAGACGGUCUGUGCGGACACGGAGCUGCGUGACUGGCUCGAAGCCCUCGUGGGCGGACUCGUCCACACCGCGGCGCUGAAGCACGUGGUUGGAGAGCUGCCUCCCGUGGAGCUGCGCGAUCUUGCGAUCGAUGCUGUGGCGCGGCUCGUCUUUGAGGUGACGGCGCACCACGAGCACUAUGGGAGCGUUGGCGUCUACGCCCAGGACGUGCGCUUCUGCUCCUUUGCAUGGCCCGUCGGCGAACAGUGCGGCACGAAGAUCACGGCCGCGACGCUGAUGUCAGCAACCUCGUUCCCAAUGCCGCCGCUGCUCGACCCGAUACCCGGGUACGACGAGUUCUCGCUCACCAAGUUCCUAACCGCCCCCUCGGCGAACGAUGAGGCACGACUAUCAGAGGCGUGCCAUCGAUACUAUGAAUCGACCUUGUCGCUGGUGCAGAUGUGCGAGGAGUACGUGGGGCAAGCCAGCAGCCGCAGCUUUCCGUGGAACUGCGGCCUCUGGAUGUUCAAUCCGAGAUAUUUCGAGUCAUCAGUCAGCGUAUAG